UCCAGACACACACCGACCGACCUCAGGACGGGCAAUGAACGAUUCGCUUAUACGACCGAGGCGACCGGUGGCCCGCACCAUCUGACCCGCCCGGGGGGACGGUUGUAGACCAACCGUCACACAUCCACACCAAGCCGCGACUAUUCAAGCACGCGCUCUGCGGCGUGUUUUUUUUUAUUUAUUUAUUUUUUUUUCCUUAUAGCUGUUCCUUUUACGGCCAAUAAGCAUCAAGGCACCGAGCUACCUGUCAAGGAGGUUAUCGCUGCAGAUUUUCUGGGUGGACGACAAUGACUUUGGAGGAUGAUCUGACCACAGCCGCAGCGAAGGGAAACACGGAAGAAGUGGAGACUCUUCUGGGGAAAGGAGCUCAAGUUAACGGGCUGAACUGUUUCGAGCGAACCGCACUACAGGUGAUGAUGAUGGGGAGCACACCGGUGGCUGAGGUGUUAUUGAAGCACGGAGCGGAUCCCAACUUGCCGGACAAAAACACCGGGGCCACACCUCUGCAUGACGCGGCCAUGACGGGCUUUCUGGACACUGUGCGGCUGCUGGUGGCGUGCGGGGCUAACCCACAAGCCACGGACAAUACUAACUGUCGGCCUAUUGAUUUGGCCAGAAAAAAUGGCCAUGGAGAGGUGGUUGAUUUCCUGGAGUCUCUGUAAAAAAAUAAUAAUAAUACUGUGAUAUUUUUUAUUUUCUGCUGCUUGCUUUGAAUGGGGACGGAGGGCUUCGAGAAACGGGCCUGAAGCGGCCUGCAGCCUAAAUUACUUAAUGACUGCUCUGCUGUAAAAUGUAAUUGUAUUUAUUUGCCUGUUUUUAGCUCAGUAGGCAUCAUUAUUUUAUUUUUAACGAAAUCAGGGCUAAAGGUAGGCAGGGGGUCGCUUUUAUGACAAAUAACAACAAGUACAACAUUGAUUUAAAUGCUCUUCAGGCUGUUCAGCAUCGUUGUUGCGGCGACAUUAACAUAUGUUGUUUAAGUUGUAACUUCCGUUGUAUCAUGGAAAUAUUCCGGUAAACCUAUAAGAAACCCAGCUUAGUCCCUAGUGUACAGUUUUACUAUGGUAUUUUUACAUUAUUGUAUUUUUAAAAUGUUAUCAUGGUUCGAUUUCGUCAUAAACCUAAUGAGAUUACCGAUUUUUGAAUAGCUUUCCAUCUCGUGUAUUUAACCAAAUAACACAAAAGCCAUUGAAAAUGUUUUGCACGAUUGAAUAUUAGGCUCUGCCUGAUGCGAUAUUCUGUAAGCGUCAUUUCUGCGCUGCAGGGACAUGGACCACAUAUUCCUGUUUGUACAAAUGAUAUCAAAAUGUCGAAUAGUAUGCACUUUAAUAAAGUUUAACUUCAUAAGAUUUAUUUUAAGUGUUUUAAGGUAAGCAGGUUAUAAGCAAAAGUAAUCUAGUCGUGUUCCAUUUAAUGUCUGAAGGACUUUAAAAAAAAAAAGAAAAGAAGAAUCAAGCUAUGAUUAUUUGAAUUUAGUUAUUUGAAUAUUUAAUUCAGUUGGGAGUUUGCAAAACUAACGAUGUCAAACGAGCACCGUUUCUCCCCAAGGCGCAAACCUUAACGUUAGUUACAU